AUGCUUCGCACUCACGUCAAGUCCGAGGACAUCGAGCCAUCUCUCCCUACGCCAUCUCCUUCGCCACCGAGGUCCAGUCGACGUCUGCCGACACGCCGCGAUCCCGCCGACCUGAAGGAGCAGCACGUCGCGAAGGCUCGAGCAGCCGCAGAACGAGUUCGUCUCGAGCAUCUGGCUCAGGCGUUGCAAUCGCCUAGCACAGGCGUCAAGGCCGAGGAGGGGGACGUAGGGGAACAGAGCGGCAUGCAGCGGUACUCGUACAUGGUGGAGCACGAGGAGGAUGGGCGCAAGGUAUCCAAGCGAGUGACGGUCAUCGUUCCUGCGGCGACACCUCCUCCAUCUUCCACGCUCGAUAAGGUCACGUCUGGCCUGGCCUUCCUCCCUCCGCCCGCAUCCUAUCCCUCGCCCUUCCCUCGCGCACCUCCAGCUCGCUGCAUUCCGCUUCCGUCCCUUCAUCGUCUCUCCCUCGCACCUCCGCAAGCUCCAGUCCCCCUCUUUCACUCUCAUGCGCGGAAGCGGCCACUAGCCGUAUCGAACAACCAGCUCGAGCAACGACGACCAGCUUUCACUCUCCCACACCAAUCUCCCGUCCCAUCGACUCUCUCGCGAACGGCAAUGUGGGCGCAGGAUCAGCAGCGACGACUGGCGGGUAUCUCGGAUGACGCGGGCGAGCGGCAAGAGCGAAGGCGGGGGGACGACGAUGCGGAAAGGGAGGUCAAGAGGGCGAGGUUGACGCUGAGCGAGCGGCGGGGCGGCAGGAGGUUCGCCCCUCUGUGCUUGGUGUAA